CCAACAUUUGUAUUCCUUCAACGUUGUCUUCCAGGCCAAUGCAGGGCAACUAGACUAUGACUACCUGAGGCGGAACUUGUUGAGCCAGAGCCCAUUCAGCAGGGACAGGGAAGUGAUGCAGCUCAUCAAGGUGGAUCCAGGAGAAUAUGUGGUCGUCCCCUGCACUAUGUAUGCUAACGUCAGCGACGAGUUCCUCCUCACGGUGUACACCAAGGCAGGCGUGAAAGCUCAUGGAGAUGAACAUGAGGACCAUGAUGACAGUGAUGAGGAAGAAGCAGAGGGAGUGACCCCCACGGCAACUGGUGAUGAGGAUCUGUUCAGACGCUACUCUGAAGGGAAAAGGGGACUCAAUCCCGAACAGCUUAAGCGUCUCCUCAACGACUCCCUCCUCAACGGAAAGGACGGGUUUGACCUGACUGCUUGCAGAUCCAUUCUGGGCCUUUCUAACCCACAGGGCUACCAAAGCACGAUCAACUAUCCCGCCUUCAAGAAACUAUGGAAGAAGAUUGUCGGCUACAAGGUAGCGCCUCCGAUGUCCAUUCUGUACACUCCAUCUCCGAAUGAGUCUCUUUGGAUUCUGAUCCACUCUGCAUUGAAGCUCCUAAUGAAUCCCCCGUGA